UUGGCUUAUUGGCGGGAACAAAAACCACCCCCCAAUUCUUAGCUUCUCUUCUCUCUCAAGAGUCCCAAAUCAAAUUUAGGGCUUCCAAUUUUUUUGGGUUUUUGGGAUCCAAAAGAUGGAGAACCCUAGCAGUAAGAGAACCACCGCCGGAGCUCUCGAAGAGAACAUCUUGGCCAUCCUCGACUCCACCGAAGCCGACGACACUCACUACGCCAACGACGACCGAACUUCUUUCCUCGACGCCGUUCGUGCCGCUUCGCUUGUACCCGAAAAUGGAACUCCACCUACCUUUAAAUGGUUUGAGUCGAUCUUCGCCAUCUUGAGGAUUGGGAAAUCUCUGGAGCUGACUAUGGCAAGUUUUAAGCUUUUGAAUGAGUUGGAUAAGUGUUUCCCUCGGGUGCAUUUGUCUGUUGUUGAUGAAAUGAAAUCGUCUGGUAAAGUCAUGUUAAUCGUGGAGAAUGAGGCUUGGUCGCCAUUUGUUUUCAGCUCCGAAAGUACUAGUAGCGAGAGGGGAGCUGCUAAUAACUUGGGGGGAUCAGUUGACUCCUCUGGUUUCCAACAUUUGAUAGAAGACCUUGCUGAUGCAACCGCUGAACCAAACUUCCAAGCCUCAGAAACAAAGUCCCUAGGAAACAUGUUGCUGUUUCAAUACCUAGUCAAUGUUCUUGAAGGAGAUUUUCAACCUCGCAACUGUGUCUAUGCAGAAACUGCAAACUGGGUCCUUCUGAGAGAGUCUUUGCUCAACAUGCUUUUGGUAUCAAGAAAGAUAAACUACAAAAACUUGAUGAAGGAUUGCUUGGCCAUUAUGUGUAAGCUGUAUCGAACCAAUGCUGGAUUUGCUGAUGAUCUGGUAAGUUCAGAGACGUCUAUGGCACAACCAGCUGAAAAUUUUGAUACGGCUGCUACAAUUGCUUUACUUGAGAUAGGAAAGAAUACCUGUAUAGCCAUGCAGAAGUUUCUGAUAAUGAUUAUGGAGCUUGACUUGUCGAAGAAGACAGCAGAAAUGCAAGGGUCUACUACAAGAGCAGAUGGUGUCAGAACUCCUCUGCUGGAGAUAGUUCUGGAUGAGCUAACUUACGAUAAGGAUAUUCUUGACUCAUUUCUUCAGGUUUUCAAUGAACCUAAAUGGAAGCUUGAGAUAGUUGUGCAGUAUUUGUGGAAAUACAUUGGUAAGCCUUCUGUUCGAACUCGUAGAGCAAAUGGUCCUACAGAUGAUGCAUCAUUCAAUGGAGCAUUGAAGUGCUUUUCAAAUGUCACCAGCAUAAAAACCACCAUAAAAAAGAUUAGGCCAGAACUAGCUCAGUUGCUUUUAGCACAUGGCCUUCAGGCUCAUUUAUCCUUACCAUGUAAACAACAUGUCGAAGGCACCUCUGCUUCCAGUGAAGAAAGAAGUAACAGCUCCCUCAUUGAAGUAUCUGAGAAUAUAAUAUCUGCAUUUAGAAAUCUGAAGACUGCGGACAAGAAGAUGGAGAUUUUGCCACUUGGAAAAGAAGCACUGUUUAUGGCAGCUACUAUCAUAUCAGCGCAGUCAUAGUAUGCCGAAGGUCGGGUGCAUAUAGCAUCUUGUGAUUCUGUGCAUGCUUGAGAAGCUUAAGGAGUAGGCUACAUGCACAAGUCAAGCUUAUUGACUUUUGUUUUAGGAUGUAUGUACGAAGGUUGUAUAACUGUAGUGAUAUUGCGUUUUAGGGAAAAACGUGUGUUCAAAUGGCAGGAAUUAAGAUUCUACCAUAGAUGGGAAGAUGACUAAUGGUCAUUGUAUUUGUAAAUGUGUAGUGAUACCCUAUUGCUUCAGCUACAUUCAGGCAGCAGUUGCCUGGAGGAUUAUAAAACAGGAUGCUCAUCUGAGAUUUUUUUUUUU